AUGGAGCACCACGGCAGGGAUGAGAUGGACUCGAAAGAGCGAAGUCCUCAGGUGUGGGCUGACUCUGCUGAGCAGGAACAGAAUGCUGCUCAGGUGCACUUUGUCCCUGAGGGGGGGACAGUGGCACAGAUUGUGUACAGUGACGAGCAGGACCGUCCCUCGCAGCAGGUGGUCUACACGGCGGAUGGCACCUCCUACACCUCUGUGGACACCUCGGAGCACACGCUGGUUUACAUCCAUCCCGUGGAAGCUACGCAGACUCUGUUUACAGAUCCGUCCCAAGUGGCUUACGUCCAGCAGGAUGCCACCACCCAGCAGGCAUCGUUACCGGUGCAUAACCAGGUGUUACCUCCUAUGGAGGCAGUGGAUGGUUCUGACCCUUUAGCACCUCUGCAGAAUCAGAUGGAAAGGAUUGAAACUAAAGAGGAAGAUGAUGAGGAUGAAGAUGAGGAUGAAGAAGGGGAAGACACUGACAUGGAUGAAUGGGACCCAGAUCCCCCCCGACCCUUUGAUCCCAAUGAUUUGUGGUGUGAAGAGUGUAAUAACGCACAUCCCUCUGUGUGUCCAAAACACGGACCUUUGCAUCCAAUCCCAAACCGGCCUGUGCUGACCAGGGCGAGAGCCAGCCUCCCCUUGGUGCUCUACAUAGACAGGUUUUUGGGAGGUGUGUUCUCCAAAAGGCGUAUCCCAAAACGCACGCAGUUUGGGCCUGUGGAAGGACCCCUGGUUAGACAAACUGAACUCAAAGACUGCUAUAUCCAUUUGAAGGUGUCUCUUGAUAAGGGUGACAGGAAAGACAGAGAUUUGCAAGAGGACCUGUGGUUUGAACUUUCUAGCGAGGCUCUUUGUAACUGGAUGAUGUUUGUGCGUCCAGCUCAAAACCAUUUGGAGCAGAACCUGGUAGCGUAUCAGUACGGCCACCAUAUCUAUUACACCACCAUUAAAAACGUGGAGCCCAAGCAGGAACUGAAGGUGUGGUACGCGGCCUCUUACGCAGAGUUUGUGAACCAGAAGAUCCAUGACAUAUCUGAGGAGGAAAGGAAGGUUCUCAGAGAGCAGGAGAAGAACUGGCCGUGCUAUGAGUGUAAUCGUCGCUUCAUGAGCUCGGAGCAACUCCAGCAGCACCUCAACUCCCACGAUGAGAAGCUGGACUUCUUUAGCAGAGCCAGAGGCCGAGGUCGUGGGCGAGGAAAGAGGAGGUUUGGACCAGGCAGACGCCCAGGGCGCCCUCCCAAAUUCAUGCGUAUGGAAGUAACCAGUGAAAACGGGGAGAAGUGUGAAGAAGGGACGCAGGACUUGCUGCAUUUUUCCAGCAAGGGGCAGUUUGAUGAGGCCGGCCAAGCCACACUGAAUGGGUUGGAGCAGCAGGAGCAGACUCCAGUGCCAUCAGAGACGCAGUCGGCACUGGAGCAGCAGUCAGAAAGCCACCCGCUACAGAUCCAGCCGCAGCACGAUGAGAGCACGGUGCCUACGCAGAGCACCAUGACAGCAGAUGACAUGAGGCGAGCGAAGCGUAUCAGGAAUGCAGCUCUUCAGCACCUCUUCAUACGGAAAUCCUUUCGCCCCUUCAAAUGCCUCCAGUGUGGGAAGGCCUUCCGCGAAAAGGACAAACUGGAUCAGCAUUUGCGGUUCCAUGGACGGGAAGGGAACUGCCCGUUGACUUGUGACAUCUGCAACAAGGGCUUCAUCAACAGCGGUGCUCUCGAGAGCCACAUGAAGUUCCACAUGGACCAGAAAACAUACUCCUGUAUUUUCUGUCCCGAGUCCUUUGACCGCUUGGAUCUUCUUAAGGAUCACGUGGCCAUCCAUGUCAAUGAUGGUUAUUUCACCUGCCCUACCUGCAAAAAACGCUUUCCAGACUUUAUCCAGGUUAAGAAACACGUACGCAGUUUCCAUUCAGAGAAGAUUUACCAAUGUACGGAAUGUGACAAGGCUUUCUGCCGUCCCGACAAGCUGCGACUCCAUAUGUUGCGACACUCAGACCGCAAAGACUUCCUGUGCUCCACGUGUGGCAAGCAGUUCAAGAGGAAAGACAAGCUGCGAGAGCACAUGCAGAGGAUGCACAACCCGGAGAGGGAAGCCAAGAAAGCUGAUCGAAUCAGCCGCUCGAAAACGUUCAAGCCCCGGAUAGCUUCCACUGACUACGAAAGCUUCAUGUUCAAGUGCCGACUCUGCAUGAUGGGUUUCCGCCGGAGGGGGAUGUUGGUCAAUCAUUUAUCAAAGAGACAUCCAGACAUGAAAAUAGAAGAGGUGCCAGAGCUCACGUUGCCCAUCAUCAAACCCAACAGAGAUUACUUCUGUCAGUACUGUGAUAAGGUGUACAAGAGUGCCAGUAAACGCAAAGCGCACAUCCUGAAGAAUCAUCCUGGUGCUGAGCUACCUCCGAGCAUCCGGAAACUGCGCCCUGCGGGCCCGGGAGAGCCGGAUCCCAUGCUGAGCACCCACACCCAGCUGACAGGCACCAUAGCCACCCCUCCAGUCUGCUGUCCUCACUGUUCCAAGCAGUACAGCAGUAAGACGAAGAUGGUACAGCACAUUCGCAAGAAGCAUCCGGAGUUUGCUCAGCUCCCUAAUACGAUACAUGCCCCGCUGGCCACAGCUGUCAUCAGUUCCACUCCUGCCGUUCUAACCACCGACAGCACUACCGGAGAGACUGUUGUGACAACAGAUUUGCUGACACAAGCAAUGACAGAGAUAUCCCAGACCCUCACAACAGACUAUCGAACUCCCCAGGGAGAUUACCAGCGAAUCCAGUACAUCCCUGUGUCUCAGGCCACAACUGGCUUGCAGCAGCCUCAGCACAUACAGCUGCAGGUUGUUCAAGUGGCCCAGGCUACCUCACCUCACCAGUCCCAGCACUCCACAGUGGACGUUGGGCAGCUUCACGACCCCCAGACAUACACCCAGCACGCUAUCCAGGUGCAGCACAUCCAGGUCACAGAGCCAUCGCCAGCAACUCAGUCGUCAUCGCAGGUUGGGGGUCAGCCUUUGAGUCCGUCCUCACAACCAUCUCAGCAGGAGCUCAGCCCCUCACAGAUGCAGACCACUACACCUACACCAAACCAAGCCCUGCAGCAGCAGCAAGGGUCUUCAGUUCAGCACACGUACCUUCCCAGCACGUGGAACUCGUUUCGGGGCUAUUCAUCUGAAAUUCAGAUGAUGACCAUUCCCCAAGGCCAGUACGUGAUCACGGAAACCGCUGUAGGUACACCAGUCACCACUGUCAACACAGGGCAAGUGAAAGCAGUUACUCAGACUCACUAUGUGAUAUCCGAAGGUCAGCCUGAUCUGGACGUCAAGCAAAACUCUUCGCUCUCCAAUGAGGUGCAGGUCGGCGUUUCCCAGCCACCAGCCCACGCGGAAACCUUGGAAUCUCAAACGAGCGGUCAGCAGCAGACCACCCAGUACAUAAUCACUACAACCACCAACGGGAACGGCGGCAGCGAAGUGCACAUCGCUAAACCUAGGACUUUCUCAGCGGAACACGAGUGAAGAAGCCAUGCGGCGUCUCUUGCUUGUACCUGUCACCUUCCCAAAUGCCCAGAUAUAAGGGUAUCCUGGAGCUCAGUAUGUUUUAAGUUAUAUGUUCACUUAACUUCAACUAAAACCUUGGAGCUCUU